AUGAAUUACAACAUACAUCCAGUGACAUAUUUGAAUGCCGAUAGCAGCAAUACCGGUACUGCUGAGACCACCACACAACAUCACCACGGAUCUAAGAAAUCACCCUCAUCUGAUAUUGAUGUAGAUAAUGCUACUUCACCUUCAUCGUUUACUUCAUCCCAAUCACCUCACAUUAAUGCUAUGGGCAAUAGUCCUCAUUCCUCAUUUACUUCUCAAUCCGCAGCCAACUCCCCUAUUACUGACGCUAAACAACAUUUGGUUAAAACAACCACGAAUGAACACAAACCAGCAGCCUUUACUCCUAGUGUAGGCCAACAACCAGCCAGCCAGACCAACACCACAGCUCCACAAUCUUAUACUCAGCCGGCCCAGCAAUUGCCAACUCAGUUACAUCCAAGUCUUAAUCAAGUGUACAACAAUCAGCCAUCUUAUUAUUUACACCAACCAGCUUAUGGUUACCAGCAACAGCCGUUGCACCAAGAGUACAACCAGCAGCCACAACAGUACCAUGACCAUCACGGGUACUACGCAAACAACAAUAAUAUCCCUUCGAUAAACGAGUUGAACCAGAAACCACCUGCACCAGUAAAACCAUUCAAAAAGACAUACAAGAAGAUUAGAGAUGAGGAUUUGAAGGGUCCAUUCAAGUGUUUAUGGAGUAACUGUAACAUUAUUUUUGAGACACCAGAAAUUUUGUAUGAUCAUUUAUGUGAUGAUCAUGUUGGCCGCAAAUCUUCAAAUAAUUUGUCGUUGACUUGUCUUUGGGAAAAUUGUGGCACAACCACAGUCAAGAGAGAUCAUAUUACUUCCCACUUGCGAGUUCAUGUCCCAUUGAAACCUUUCCAUUGUGACUUGUGUACUAAAUCGUUCAAGAGACCCCAAGAUUUAAAGAAACAUUCCAAGACCCACGCUGAAGAUCAUCCAAAGAAGUUGAAGAAGGCACAGAGAGAGUUGAUGAAACAGCAACAAAAGGAGGCCAAACAGCAACAGAAAUUGGCAAACAAAAGAGCAAAUGCAACUACUGCGUCCGAUUUGCAAUUGAAUUAUUACUCUGGCAACCCUGGUGACGGGUUAUACGACGAGGCCUCAAGAAAAAGAAGGUACGAAAACAACUCUCAACACAAUAUGUAUGUGGUCAAUAGUAUCUUGAAUGAUUUCAAUUUCCAACAAAUGGCCCAGCCACCACAGCAGCCAGGCGCUGUGAGCACUGCAGUUUCUUCUGAGUUUACCACCAAGAGAAUGAAAUCUGGCUCUGAAUAUAAUAUUGAUGUGUUUAACAAGUUGAAUCAUUUGGAUGACCAUUUGCACCACCACCAUCCUCAACAAAACCCACAGCAAUACGGCGGUAACAUCUAUGAAGCAGAAAAAUUCUUUAACUCCUUAUCGAAUUCCAUCGACAUGCAAUAUCAAAACAUGUCGAGUCAGUACCAACAGCAAAACCCUGGUGUUGCCUCUUUUGCCCAACAAAAACCAGCUCAACAAACCAAUGGCCAGUUGUAUCCUUCAUUACCAACUAUUGGCAAUGGCUCAUACACCACCAGCAGCUCAUCAUCACAUAAAGAAGGAUUGGUUAAUAACCACAAUGGAUACUUGCCAUCAUACCCUCAAAUCAACCGGUCCUUGCCAUAUUCUGGUGUAGCACAACAACCUCCAAGUGCGUUAGAAUUUGGCGGGGUCUCAACUUACCAGAAAUCUGCACAAUCUUAUGAGGACAGUAGUGAGAGCUCAGAUGACGACGACGACGAUGAAGACGACGACGAUUACAGUACUUCAUCUGAAGAAGAACUCGAUGCUUUGUUUGAUAAAUUAAACAUUGUUGACAAAAACGUUGAAGAAGUGACGAUUGACGGAUUCAAUUUGAAAGAUGUUGCUAAACACAGAGACAUGAUCCAUAGUGUUCUUGUAUAUUUGAGAAAACAAAUUGAACAACAAGAAAAGGAAAAGAGCCAAGAACAAAAGGAUGAUGUUAACCAGUUAUAUCCAACUAUAACUGCUUUCUAA